AUGUUCAUUCAAAAUACUCAUGCUGGUGAUAGAAGACGCUUAGAAGAUUGGAGAAUCAAAGGUUACGAUCCCUUAACUCCACCUGAUUUAUUACAACAUCAAUACCCAAUUAGUGAAAAGGGAUCCCAAAUUAUCAUCAAUGCUAGAGAAGCUGUUUGCGACGUUUUAAAUGGUAAAGACGAUAGAUUAGUUAUAGUUGUUGGUCCAUGUUCAAUUCAUGAUCCUGAAGCUGCUUAUGAUUAUUCCGAUAGAUUAAGUAAGUUGAGUCAAGUUUUAAAAGAUGAUUUGAUCAUUAUUAUGAGAGCUUAUUUAGAAAAGCCAAGAACAACAGUUGGUUGGAAGGGGUUAAUUAACGAUCCAGCAAUUGACGGGUCCUUCCAAAUUAAUAAGGGUUUACAAAUUUCCAGAGAAAUGUUUACUAAAUUAGUCGAGAAAUUGCCAAUUGCCGGUGAAAUGUUAGAUACCAUAUCUCCUCAAUUUUUAAGUGAUUGUUUCAGUUUGGGUGCUAUUGGUGCUAGAACCACUGAAUCUCAAUUGCAUAGAGAACUAGCAUCCGGAUUAUCUUUCCCAAUUGGAUUUAAAAAUGGUACUGAUGGUGGCUUACAGGUUGCUGUUGAUGCCGUUAGAGCAGCUUCUCACCCUCAUUAUUUCUUGAGUGUUACCAAACCUGGUGUUACUGCUAUUGUUGGUACUGAAGGUAAUAAAGAUACCUUUAUCAUAUUGAGAGGUGGUAAGAAGGGUACUAAUUUUGAUAGUGAAAAUGUUAAGUUAGCUAAAAGUGAACUGGUCAAAGCCAAAAUUGUUGAUGAAGAAGGCAAACAAAGAAGAAUUAUGAUAGAUUGUUCUCACGGUAACAGUAAUAAGGAUUUUAGAAAUCAACCUAAAGUAGCAGAAUGUAUUUAUGAACAAUUGACUAAAGGUGAAAAUUCCAUUUGUGGUGUUAUGAUUGAAUCCAAUAUCGUUGAAGGAAGACAAGAUGUUCCACCAGAGGGCGGUAGAGAUAAGUUAAAAUAUGGUUGUUCAAUUACCGAUGCUUGUAUUGGCUGGGAAACUACUGAAGAUGUUUUAAAUUUAUUGGCAAAGGGUGUUAGAAAUAGAAGAAAUAUUUUAAACAAAUGA